ACAUUUUUAAUCAAAAACAAAAAUGUGAAAAUGAUUAUCAACUUCUCUCCAAUAAAAAUGGUGGUUACUCUGCUUCUUCUUGCAUUUGGCCUUGUCCAGGCUAGAUACCCAACUUCAUCAACUGAACCAUUUCAUUCUUUACCAGACAGAAGUGCAAAAAUAUCAGUGAACCAAUAUCCCGGUGUGACACAUCCAUUUUUACCUCCAACACACCCACCACCACCACAUAAGAACGUGAAGAUAUCAACGAACCAAUAUCCAGGUGUGACACAUCCAUUUUAUCCUCCAUCACACGGAAAACAUCCACCACCACCACAUAAGAAUGUGAAGAUGUUAACAAACCAAUAUCCAGGUGUGACACAUCCAUUUUACCCUCCAUCACACGGAAAACAUCCACACCACCACAUAAGAACGUGAAGGUCAGCAAACCAAUAUCCAGGUGUGACACAUCCAUUUUAUCCUCCAUCACAUGGAAAACAUCCACCACCACCACAUAAGAACGUGAAGAUGUCAGCAAAUCAAUAUCCAGGUGUGACACAUCCAUUUUUACCUCCAACACACGGAAAACAUCCACCACCACCACAUAAGUACGUGAAGAUGUCAGCAAACCAAUAUCCAGGUGUGACACAUCCAUUUCUACCUCCAACACACGGAAAACAUCCACCAGCACCACCUAAAAAUGUGAAAAUGUCACCAAACUCAUAAUAUACAUAUAGUUUUGUCUUUCUGAUUAUAAAAAUUACGCCCCAUAAACUCAUAAGUUUUCUAAUUAAAAUAAAUGUAAUACAUGACAAUGUAAAACUUGUUUGGUAUUAUUGUCCAUUUUCUAUCA